AUGAGCAGGGCGGCUCAGCUGGCGAGCCAGGCGACGCCGUCGACCAUUGCUCGUAAUUUCACGUACUCGUCCGACGACGAGAGCCCCCCCGCGCCCAAGCAGCCGAGGGACGGACACAACGGAGGAGGUAAUUCGGCCCACUACCGGGAUCGGAGCAUCUCGGUGGAGAGCAGCGACGACGAGGCGCCCCCGCCCUCCGCGCAGCCCAGACACGGUGGCGGAGUCCCACGCGGACCAGGCGUGGGUCCUACGGCCUCUCGAUUCGCCCCGAUGCCCGGGGGAUCGCACGAUCGCGGGGCACAGCUGUGCGCGUUGGGGGACAAAGAAUUUUACGUGCACCAGUCCCACGGCGAGGCGUUCCUGCUGUACCUGGAGGCUGCGGAACCCCCGAACGCCCACCCUCCCGCGAUGCACCGCCUCGGCGUGUGUUUCCGCGACGGUAAGGGGUGCGGCAGGAGCGAGAAGGACGCGCAGCGUUGGUUCGCGAGGGGCGCCGCGAUGGGAGACGCCGACUGCGUCAACGCGGCGGGCGCGUUCGCCGAGGCGGCGGGGGACUACCCCGCCGCGCUCUCAAACUACCAGAGGGCGGCGGACAUGUCACACAGGGAGGCGCAGUGUAACCUCGGGCACCUUUACGAGAAAGGCUUGGGGGUCGCUAAGGAUGCGGUGAUCGCGGCGAGGUGGUACAGGGCCGCCGCCGACGCGGGAUUCGCCAAGGCGCAGAAUAACCUCGGCGCCCUCUACGACGGCGGCGAGGGCGUCGGCGUGGACCACGGCGCAGCAGCCUUCUGGUACGAGAAGGCCGCCGCGCAGGGUAACGCGUCCGCGCUCAACAACCUCGGCAUCCUACACGAGGACGGGCUGGUGGACCCCGGGCGCGGGCCCGACGUCGAAAGGGCGAAGGAGCUGUACGCUCGAGCCGCUAAAUCGGGGCACGCGCACGCGCUCAAUAACCUCGGAUACCUGUGCAUGAUCGGCGACCACCACGAGGAGGCGGCGCGGCACUUUCGCGCCGCAGCGGACAAGGGGUUCGCGGAGGCUGUGCAUAACCUGGCGACGCUGCACGAGAAUGGGUUGGGCGUGCGGCGGGAUUUGCGCGAGGCGGCGGCGCUGUACAAGGAAGCCGCGGACGCCGGCGAGGCAAAGGCGGUCGAGGCUUUGGCGCGUCUCGAGCCGCUGGUGGCCAAGGAGGAAUCCGAGGUUGCGGAUUUACGAAAGCAACUCGCGGACAAGACGAAGGAGACGGAGCGGCUCGCGAAGGAGCUGGGCGUGGCCAAAGCGGAGAGCGCGAGGCUCAAGGGGACAAUCGCCGAGCUCAGGGUCGGCGGCGGGUCGGGGUCCGGGUCCGGGUCCGGGUCCCCGCUCAACGGACAGAGGAGACCCUCGCUGCUGAAGCCAACCUUCGACAGGUCCUCGUCGCUUCGAUCGAACCAGAGCGGGUACAGCGGCCUGUCCGGGGUGAGCGCCGCGACUUCGGGCGGGAGCGGCGGCGGCACAGCUGGCGACACAGCUGGCGACGACGCGAAAGACAAAAACGCUUCGAAAGACAAAAACGCUUCGAUCGGCGGCGGCGUCAGCGGCGGUAGCAGGAGCGGGAAGCUCGCGUCCGUGUUCAAGGCGUUGGGCGCGGGCAAGUCCGGUGGGUCCCAGGUUGGUUCCAAGGAGCAGCUCAAGGCGCACAACCGCGAGGUGAAGGAGCUGCGGCGGGAGCUGGAGGACGUCACGUUCAGGGCGGAGCUGCACGAGGAGAUGAGCACCACGCUGUCGGAGGUGCUCAGGACCACGUACGCGCGGAACAUCCAGCUCGAGGACCUGUUGCGGUCGCACGGAGUGGACGUGGACGCGGACGAGGGCGUCAACGGCGAACUCACCGCAAUCACCCUCGACCGCGUCGCGGGUUGGGACGUGAGCUCGCUGGAGAACGCCGGCGGGGGAUCGACCGAGGACCUGAGGCGCGCGGGUGUCAGGGCGUCGCUUCCCGCGCCGAGCUGA